CACUCACCCCAAAUGAUUAACAUCACUCUUUUCUGUCAUAUUAAAGAAAACAACCCGUCGCAGCGCAAGCCUUUAGGGUUAUCUUUAGAAGAAUAUAUUCAACCUAAAGGAGGCCAUAAACAGUUUUUCGAUAAUUUUCCAAUCAAAGCCGGACGACCAUGA